AUGCCCGACAUCGAACGUCUGCAGCUCCCCCUUCGCCCGAGCGGAAAUACGCUCGCGGCACAUAUUGCGGCGCUCGACCUCCUGGCUGCGCGGUUGGAUGCGCUGGCAACGCGUUCGCGCUGGGCGGCGCGCGUGCCGCUCAAUUUGAAAGCGAGCUUUGAAGGCGACAUUGUGCACACCAAUGAGGUCAAGAUCAAUGUCGGGGGAGACUUGUGGAUCGAGAUGACGGCGCACGAGGCGGCCGACUGGACAGCUCUGCUCGAAGAACAUGCUCGCGCGACUGAGGGGCAGACUGUGCAGCCGAAGUCGGAGGAGGAGCCAACCGCUGGGCCGGGACAGCGCGUUCUGCGCACGAAGGACAUCACCUUCGAUCCGUUGCUGGGGAAUCCUCCGCAUCUCGCACAACCGCAGCAAACACCACAGGCGCAGCAGCAGCAGACAACAAGUACGAGGGCCAAGGCUCCGUCAAAUGCAACACACACCUCGGCGCUCGUCCACAACGGGAAAGAGGUAGACGUACCACAGUCACUGCAGAGUCUCGUCGACCUGGUCGGCGAACAUCUCCAGGACAAGCUCAGCAUUCCGAAUGGCGACUCGACGGUGAAUGAGUCGGGCGAGCCGAUCUACGAGAUCCGCGAGGACGUAGAUGGGCGCUCCCUUGCUCCCUUACCUGACGCUUCUGGCGAGGGCACCAUCGAGAUGCCCGAAGACGAGCGCGCAGAGUAUUUCUCUCCGGAGGCAGUUGAGCGCCGCGCCGCGCUGCGCCGCCGCAUCUUUCAUGAGGGCAGCGACGAUGACGACGAAGAUAUGGAUGUGGACACGGACCAGAAGGACGAGAUGGACGUCGAUGACGCCGAGACGCCCAAGGCGUCGCAAAUGCCCGCUGCGUUCCCCACCCCGGCUCCGCAGGCCCCUCCUCAGCCGUCGCCCCAGCCGUCGUUCCAAUCCACCAUCGACGCCGUCCAGCUCAACGAUCUCAUCUCGCCCACGACGCCGACACAGCCCUCUCUCGCCUCCUUCCCCGCCUCGCCCGCCCGCGGCCCGCCCAAGGGCAUUUUGAAGCAACCUGUGCGCAAGAAAAGCGUCUCAUUCGAUCAGAGCGUGCCCAUUCCGCCUGAUACGCCGCCGCCGCGCCGCCAGGGCUUCCCGCUAGACCAGAUGAUCGCGAGUACGCGUCCUGUUGACGCGCACGGCCUCCCGGCGAAGCAGGUGCCGAUCCUCAAGGCACCGUUCCCCGGGCGGCGGUCGCAGCCCGAGACGUUUGGCGGGCUGCGGACGGGGUUCUUGAGCUCCGCGCCGAUCUUGAGUCUCGCACCGCAGGUUGAGAGCAGCCGUACGGCUAUGACGCAGCCGGAGCCGCGGCAGCCAUCGCCGCUCGAACUUGCGCGCAAAGCGGAGGAGAAGGCGCCGGCGAAGCUCAAGGUCGAGGAGAAGCCGGUCGAGAAGACGGCAGCCGCGAUGAAAGUGGAAGAGAAGCCAACCGAGGAGGAUGAGGAUGUGAAGGAGAAGGCGAUGGACGUGGACGAGCCUCAAUCCGAGAUCCAGAAGACGGUCGAGAUUCCGAAGGCAACAAAAGCACAGAAGACGGAUGCGGCCCCAAAGACCGAGGAAGCGCCGAAGAAGAAGAGUCUGUUUGCGCAGCGCCGCGCCCCUAACUUCCCAAAGCAGAGCGAGACGCCUCCAAUGGUGACGAUGAAGGGCGCGGUCGUCGAGGCGCCGCCGGCUCCGAAACAAACAGGCGUGCCGCCAACCGUCGGCUCCUCCGAAACCCCAAUGGUGAUAGUGGACGACGACGACGACGACGACGACGAUGAAGACUACGGCGACCUCGGCGACUUCUCCGAGGACGAGGAAGACGAGUACGCGCUCGACGAGGCGCUCCUCGCGCGCGAAGUUGCGUUGGAGUAUCACCGGCGACAGGCGUGGCAGCGCCCGAUCGACGAGGACGAGAUCGACCCUGAGGCCGAGGGCGCCGAGGCCGUGCUCGGCAUCCCCCGCGUCAGCACGAUCUCGGGGCAGGGCGAGGAUCUGCGUAUUGUAAACCCAACAGCAGACGACUUGAGCCAGUUCUUGCGCGUCGGGCGCGCCGACGACGGCGAGCUCGUGUUCGAGCCCCCGCUCGUGCACAGCGACUCGGAGAGCGAUGGCGAGGACGACUCGCCGGCCGCGGUCGAUAGGCGGCAGCGGCGCGCGCGGCGCAAGGACGUUAUGGCGCGCCUGCUGCGCGGAGAGUACGAGGAGCUGCCGACCGCGGCGGCCGACCCUGGCCUGCGUGCAGAGCAGUAUCGCGAGUCCCUCCCGCCGAGUGUGGGCAAGACACCCGAGCCUCAGAUCGAGGAGAUCAAUGAGCCUGCCGCUGCCCCAGCAGCUUCAACCCCAACAGCUUCAACCCCAGCAGCUUCAACCCCAGCAGCUUCAACCCCCGCCCCCACCGCGCCGAAGCAGCCACCGCCGACGCGCGAUGUCGUCGAGCGCUCAGCUGCUGAAGCGCCGAGCGCGCCGACUCCGCCGAAGAAGGUCUCGCGGUUCAAGGCCGCACGGAUGCAGUCGUAGCGAAUAGUUCAUCUUGAUGCGAUUAUAUUGC